AUGAGAUCUGACCCAAGAAAAUUUUUUACCACUAGAAAUGAAAAAAGAAGAGGUACCAAUAUUUAUGUAAAGCAUGAUUUUAAUAUAAGUAGAUUAUUGGGCGAUCCAUUUGCCGUUUCCUCUUUAAGUAUUGCACUGAUUUCAUGGAUUAUAGCAUUAGUAGGUUCUAUAACAUCUGCAGCAGCAUCAGAAAUAUUCCCCAAAUUUACUUGGUGGGGGUUAGUUUAUCAAUUUAUAAUACUUGUUUUUUUGUUUUUCUUUUAUUGCUUCGAUGUUGUUGAUUAUUAUAAAAAUUUUUUGGCUUCCUCAUUAGCAGUAGCUUUUCUUUAUAACACAAACAGUACCACAAAUUUGAUAUAUUCUGAUGGUUCCAAAAAAGCAGCCGCCUCUGCUGGGUGUGUUUUGUUAUCUAUGAUUGACUUGAUCUGGAUCUUUUAUUUUGGUGCUGAUAAUGGUUCUCCAAGUAACAGAUGGAUCGAUUCUUUUUCUUUAAGUGGCACAAGACCUUCCAUCGUGGAACAAUCUACACUACAAGCUUCCUCCUACCCUUAUAAGGAUAAUGAUAUCAAUAAUAGAGCCCCUUAUAAUUCUGUUCCCUCAAAUGAUGAUGUAGGAUCAUACAACAAUGGAUUCGCUAGAUCAGGUACCAAUAGUCGACAUAAUAAUAGAAAUUAUAUAAGCCGUCCACAAAGCACAAUGAAUAACUCUCAAAAACAGAUAUAUCCAUCAGGUCAUUAUGUUUCUUCCACAGCAUUAAACGGUUUAGAAACUGUGGAUUUACAUUCAAAGCAAAAUACUAAUUCUCAAAAUUAUACAACAGGAUCAAAUACUGGUGAAAAUACUAAUCCUCAUAGUCAGAGUGGUCUUAAUGCCCAUACUAUAAUAGAAGAAGGAAACGAUCACGAUUCUAAUGUUCAAAAUGAUAACCCUACUGAUAAAAAUCAGAAAAAUAGAAAGGAAAAUGAGAUACAAGAACCACUGAAUAAUACUUUAACAAGAUUAAAUAAAUAUAAUCCUACAUCACCUAAUACAAAUAACAAUAAUGGUCCUAUUAACACCCGUACAAAUAAAGCCAAAUCUUAUGUUACUGACUCUACUAUGAGUGAUAGCCUGGGUCUGUACAGUGAUAUGGGUGAUGAAUUUGCCCAAUUUCCAUAUAAAGCAAGGGCUUUGUAUUCCUAUGAAGCAGAUGAAUCCGAUGCCUAUGAAAUUUCAUUUGAACAAGGUGAAAUCUUAAAAGUUGGUGAUAUUGAAGGAAGAUGGUGGAAAGCCAAGAGAUUGAACGGAAGUACUGGUAUUAUACCAAGUAAUUAUGUUGAGUUGAUACAAGAAUGA